AUGAAAUUGCAAACAAAAUAAACAACUACUAACGGGAGAUUCUUCGCUUCAAUUGCAUUGCUUGCUCGUCUUGAUCUCUAUCUUCACCGCGUUCAUCAUCCUUCUGCAUCGAUUUUCUUUUACCUAGCUGUACUCAAGACCAAUCAACCUUUGAGAACUUUAGUGUUUAUUAAAAAGUUGAGUGGUUAAAACACCAAUAUGAUUAUUGGAUUGCCCGGAAAAACUUGUGUGAAAGGUGUAUCUAUCUUAAGAGGAACUUUCGGGGGGUGUGUGAACAAUCAAUUCUGUAUCUCCUAUGGGCAUUCAAAGUUUAGUUAUGCACCUGUUUCUUUGUUGAAAUCCAACUCCAAUAUACCUACCAUCAGAUUUCAAUCAUUCAGAAGUUUCAAGAAAUCUUAUCUGAGUAUUCCAACUGACACCCACAACGUGAAUAUAAAACUCUUGAUGCCCAGUGAAACAAAGGGCUACAAUCUCGAUCACAGUGUGGAACACUUUUCAUGGCAGAAGUGUUUGGUAUCUGCUGUUUUUUUCAGUGGAUUGUUGGUUUGCUGUUCGAAUUCCGGACAAGUUCAUGCCAAAGCCUUUGGAUAUAAAGAACGUAAGGAUAAUGGAUGUUACACUUCUGUCACCUAUUCACAUGGAAAAGAGGUUUAUGCUGACUAUUCUGUGAUUGGUAUACCUGGAGAUGGGAGAUGCAUGUUUCGCUCUGUUGCUCAUGGAGCUUGUUUAAGAUCAGGAAAGGUUCCUCCUGAUGAAAAAUAUCAAAGGCAAUUAGCGGAUGAAUUAAGAGAAAAAGUGGCAGAUGAAUUUAUUAAAAGGCGUGAGGAGACAGAAUGGUUCAUUGAGGGUGAUUUUGACAAGUAUGUUGCACAGAUGAGGGAGCCUCAUGUAUGGGGUGGUGAACCUGAAUUGUUAAUGGCUUCUCAUGUUCUACGGAUGCCAAUCACAGUAUACAUGUGUGACAAAGAUUCUCAAGGACUAAUAUCGAUUGCAGAGUACGGGCAAGAGUAUGGGAAAGAUAAUCCUAUUAGGGUUUUAUAUCACGGCUAUGGACACUACGAUGCAGUGCAAAUUCCUGGGAAAACAGACGUGAGAUCAAAACUUUAAAUGCUAUAACGCCACCUUAUUUUCCAUUGCAAGGUAUGAGGGGUCUUUCUUCCAAGCUUUUUGUUCAUGUUCUUGUUUUCUCCGAUGUAAUUUUGUAUAUUAAUACCGAGUAACACCCUUAUAAACACCAAUGUUAUGUGUCCUAAGAAAAGUGAAUUCUUAGAAGGUUAAGUGGAGAUUUAGCAUUUUUGCUAUGGUUUCCCUUUCAAGAGUUGUUUAGCUUGAUUAAGGGCCUGUUUGGCAAAAAUACAGCGCCAGUGAUGCUUUCUUGCCUUUGAAUAAUGUCCUUCCUAACAAGCUGUUACUCUCACCAUUUAUGGGUUGUUUGGU